UGUGUUUGGGCACGACCACUGAUAUUAAGCUGCAUGUCUCAGAGGAUAAUAGUGUGAAAUAUUCAGGAUAGUUAUCGUCCUGUGAGAAUGACAGAAAUCGAUUUUUGUCAAGAGACAAAUCAUCUUUUCUUUUUCUUUUUUUUGAAACUUUAAUAUUUUGAAGUUGGUGAAGAUACUUGAGGGAAAUUUCUGUGUUUUCGCUGGCUUUUUUGUGACAUAAAGACACAUGCACUGGUCUUCAGUGAAAAUGGAGAUCACAACGUCAGUGGUUUAAGCAGGAUGGACGUAUCGGAGGCGUUGACGCCUGUAACGGCCACCACGCCGGCCACGUUGAUACCAAACUCUUCUCUGGAGAAUGUCAGCCAGGCGUCCUCUGGCUCGUCCAGAUCUCCUCCUCUACCUCCUCACUCGCAGGUGGCGUCGGUGUUUAUCGUGCUGGUGGUCACGGUCAUCAUCCUGGGGACUGUGGUGGGGAACGUGCUGGUCGUAGUGGCGGUGUUCACCAGUCGAGCCCUGAGGGCACCUCAGAACCUUUUCCUGGUGUCUCUGGCUUCAGCGGACAUACUGGUGGCAACUCUGGUCAUCCCCUUCUCCCUAGCCAAUGAGGUCAUGGGCUACUGGUACUUUGGUUCCACCUGGUGCUCCUUCUACCUGGCUCUGGACGUCCUCUUUUGCACUUCCUCCAUCGUCCACCUGUGUGCCAUCAGCCUUGACCGAUACUGGUCCGUCACCAAAGCGGUGAGCUACAACCGCAAACGUACUCCCCGGCGGAUCAAAACGAUGAUCAGCAUCGUGUGGCUCAUAUCUAUUGUCAUCUCGUCCCCACCGCUGCUAAUGACCCACAAAGAGGAUCUGGGCACGUACCAUGAGGAUAACAUGCACACACAGGAGUGUCUCCUCAACAACCAGACAUGGUACAUCCUCUCCUCCUGCCUGGUGUCCUUCUUCGCCCCGGGAGUCAUCAUGAUACUCGUUUACUGUAAGAUAUACCGCGUUGCUAAGCAGCGGGCCUCCACCGUGUUCGUGGCGAAGAACAUGAUGGAGCGGCAGCCGUCGCAGUCCGAGACGUGCUUCGUGGGCACGUCCAGGGUUUGCCAAAGGAAGGGCUGUCCUCAGUACGAGCUGGACAGCCCGCGGCCCCCCGCCCGACACAGUUCUUCCAACAUCGACAGCAACAGCAGCACUCACAGGAGAGGAGAGCUGGAUGAGAUCGACUUAGAGGAACGGAGCUGCCAAGGUGAAAUAAAAACAUCCUUGUCCUUUUCCUCAUCGCUCCGCUUCCCCAGGAGAGGCGGUGGGAGGGUGAAAACAGAUGAGGGAAAGGACGCGGAGGGAGCAGCAAACAGUUUGAAACCCCCUCCUUCUGUGCCCCCUCCUUCCUGUGCCUCCAUAUCGUGGGCAUCAUCGGACCACGGCUCCAACCAUUUCCUUCUCCCGUCUCCGGUGCCCGUCCGCAGCAGACACGCGUCUCUAUCCAAAAACAAAGUGGCUCAAAUGAGGGAGAAGCGCUUCACAUUUGUCCUGGCAGUGGUGAUGGGCGUAUUUGUCCUCUGCUGGUUCCCGUUUUUCUUCACUUACAGCCUCCACGCUGUCUGCAGGGAGAACUGCAUCAUCCCUGACACGCUCUUCAACCUCUUCUUCUGGAUCGGGUACUGCAACAGCUGCCUGAACCCCAUCAUCUACACCAUUUUUAACCGAGACUUCAGAAGGGCCUUCAAGAAGAUUUUAUUCCAGACUCAUAAACGAACCUAAGAUGUCUGAGCGUGUGUGUGUGAGCGCACACACUGA